UAUGACACCUCUUGUAGUUGCACCUUACAACCUGCAUCAAAUAAACUAGAUUGAACCAACACAGGAGGCAUAAAUUCUUUGGGGUUCAAGGUGCACACAUGGCUUUAAAGCCCUUCUCCAAAUCCCUCCUUGCCUUCUACCGCUUACUUCGCCGAAGGUUAGGGAAUCCGCUAGGCCAGUACCAUCACCUGCAAAGCUCGAGCGGCAUAUCUACCUGUCCUAAGAUCAUCCAGACAUGCUUGCAACUGCCACAAGAUGAUGAACACCUCCGGAACAAAACUCUAGUCCUAGAUGUUGAAGGAGGUCUCCUGAGGUCUAUAUCUACCUUUCCUUAUUUCAUGCUUAUUGCAAUAGAGGCAGGUAGUUUCCUAAGAGGUUUCAUCCUACUAUGCCUCUACCCUUUGCUAUGUUGCCUGACACAAGAAGUAGAAACAAUGAUCAUGGUCAUGGUGUGCUUCGUGGGAUUAAGGGAGGAGAAGGUGGUUAGGGUUGCACGGGCUACUUUGCCCAAGUAUUUCCUAGAGGAUGUGGGGAGGGAAGGACUUGAGGUGGUGAGAGGGGUAAAGAGGGUGGCAGGGGUUUGUAGGUUGAUCCCUAGGGUUAUGGCGGAAGCAUUUCUUAAGGAGUAUACAGGAUUUGAAGUGGUUGUGGGAAGGGAGGUGAAGAUGAUAAGAGGGCGUUAUGUUGGUUUAUUGGGAAAGGAGAGUGAAGCAAGGCUAGGGCAGGCAAAGUUCGACCAAAACGAGAUGAUAGGGUUUGGAAGCAGCUCAAGCUAUUUUGACUAUGAUCAUCACCAGCUUUUCUCUCGGUGCAAGGUAGUACACUUGGUGACACGAGAAGAUAAGAGAAAAUGGUCACCCUUGACAAGGGACCAGUACCCAAGACCCUUGAUCUUCCAUGAUGGUAGGCUAGCCUUUAGGCCUACCCCCCAAGCCACCCUAGCCAUGUUCAUGUGGUUCCCACUUGCCCUCCCUCUCACUGUGCUCCGAACACUAAUCUUUGUGAAACUGCCAUAUUCUAUCUCCGUCGCAGUCGGGGCUGUAAUAGGAGUAACGACCCGGGUCAUCAACUCACCAGUCCACAGUGGUCAAGUGGGUUGUGAUGAACCACAUGCCCAGCCCAGCCCACAGGGCCACCUUUACGUGUGCAACCACCGCACACUUCUCGACCCGGUGUACAUCUCGGCAAUGCUGAACAAGCAGGUGUCAACCGUCACAUACAGUGUCAGCCGUGUAAGUGAGCUCCUAUCACCAAUCGGGACUGUCCGGCUGACCCGAAACAGAGAUGAGGACCGGAGGAGGAUGGAGCAGUCACUGAGGCAGGGGGACCUGGUGGUCUGCCCUGAGGGGACCACAUGCCGGGAGCCAUACCUGCUGCGCUUCAGCCCUCUGUUUGUCGAGCUCGUUGAUGAGGUCUACCCAGUGGCACUGGUGAACUGGUCCAGCAUGUUUCACGGCACCUCCACCGGCAAUUUCAAGUAUCUAGACCACUUCUACUACUUCAUGAACCCACGCCCAGCGUAUGAUGUUCAGUUCAUGGACAAGAUGCCAACAAGGAUGGCGAUCCAAGGGAAGAGAUGCGAGAGCAAAGAGGUGGCCAAUCUGGUGCAAGGUGAGAUUGGUAGGACUCUUGGGUUUCGAUCCACCACACUCACCCGUAAGGACAAGUACUUGAGGCUGGCAGGAAAUGAAGGGUUUGCUGAUACGAAGUAGUGAAGUCUAUUGUGAACAUAAGACGUUGCUGGCGCUUGCUCGCAAGAUAACAUAUGUUCGUAAUACAGUACAACAUUUAAGAUCUUAUAGAUUGCUUUUAAGUUGUGCACAAUGUUAUGACUACCUUUGUUGGACCACUAAGAAAACUUGUGAAUGUACCAAAAUAAGAAGCAUAUGUUAAUGUUAGUAUGCUCAUUA